CCUCCUCCUCUUCUUUUCUUCUCCAUUGUGGGGAAAAUACAACAACAGCAACAACAACAAAACCAGACCUUUCCAUUGGCUCUUUAUCCGGGAGAGGAGGAGGAGGAAAAACGGGAGGACCUGGUCGAAUUCCUCACAGCUGCUCAAAUUUCCCUCAAACCGCCGUCGAGCAGCCACCCCGCUACUUCUCAAUCAAGCUCUCCGCCGAAACGAUGUUACAGGGUGUCGCUGUGUUCCUUCUGCUAGCUCUGGCGCUUUCUCGCGCAGAGGAGUCGCAGAGCAAGAGCAAAGUGUGCGCAAACGUCUUCUGCGGGGCAGGCCGGGAAUGCGCCGUCAAUGAGAAGGGGGAGCCCAGCUGCCUGUGCAUCGAGAGCUGCAAGGCCCACAAGAGGUCGGUGUGUGGCAGCAACGGGAAGACCUACAGGAACCACUGCGAACUGCACAGGGAUGCCUGUCUGAGUGGACUGAAGAUCCAAGUGGCCCACGACGGACACUGCCGUGAGAAAAAGAACGAACAGGCGGCCGCCAGCCCAGUGGUGUGUUACGCUGCAGACCGCAACGAGCUGAGGAGCCGCGUGAUCCAGUGGCUGCAAACUGAGGUUGUCCCAGAUGGCUGGUUUGUCAAGGGCUCCAACUUCUCUGACAUCCUGCUCAAAUACUUCAAGUCAUAUGACAGCGGCGAUUCCACGCUGGAUUCCUCCGAGCUGCUCAAGUUCAUCCAACACAACGAGUCGGUGGCGACCGAGAUGCAGUCCUAUGCCGACCAGGACAGCAACGAGCUGCUUCGGAGUCUCUGUGUCGAUGCCCUGAUUGAGCUGUCCGACGAGAACGCCGACUGGAAGUUGAGUUUUGACGAGUUCCUCAACUGCCUGAAGCCCGGAUUCAACCCGCCCGAGAAGAAAUGUGCCUUGGAGGAUGAAACUUUCGAGGACGGCGCAGAGACGCAGGUGGAGUGCAACCGCUGCGUGUGUGCAUGCGGCAACUGGGUGUGCACCGCCAUGACGUGCACUGACAAGACAACCGCUGCCGACGAGUCAACAGAUGGUGGCGCGGAGAUGAGGGAGGAAGAGUGGGAGCGCCGCGUGGCCGAGCUGAACAAACACCAGGAAACGGUGGAGAAAAUGAAAGCCAGCACAAAGGAGGCCUAAAUGAGGAUGCAGGAAAAAGAGAGGAUGCACACGACCAACCUUCCUCCAUACUUGACUUACCUUGCAGCCCGUCUGUUGUUACGACUUUUACAUGUUAUUAUAGUAAUUAUUAUACUUUUUUUUUUUUUUUUUUUUUUACAGUGUUAUUUUGACGUUGUUUUAUUCCAGGGACCAUCUUAUGAUUCCCUAGUGUUCAGUACUGUCAUAUUUGAUUGCAUUAACUACUAUUGUACACUUCUUACUACAUAUUUUUGCAAUUCAUUAGGGCAAAUUUUUGCAAUUUUACCAGCGUUGGCUUUAUGGUUACAAGUAUGGAAGUAAACGUCUGCUGCUGGGAUUUGAAUUUGAAAUGCCACAGAAAACGGGACAUUUUCAAUAUUUCUGUGUCACUUUUCGAUGUUAAUAAUGCAUCUGGCUAAGAUUUGUUGUCUGAAAUUCACCGUCUGUGCCACCAGGCAGGGUUACUUCAGGUCCGAACCAAAAAGCCAGCCCAUCCAGUUAUGCUUUCUAAGUAUGUGACGUCACGUGACUAAGAAAUCGCGAUUGGCUGGGUGUUCGGUUCUGACCUCAAGUAAAGCCGCCUGGUGGCACAGACGGUAAAUUUUAGACAGUGAAUUGUCGCCUGUUGAAUUCCUAACAUUGAAAAGUUACACUGAAAUACCUCUACAGGGAUUCCUCGGGUUAAGACGGUCACGACCUAAGACGUUUCGACUUUACAACCCCUGUUUCCUCCGUCCGCCAUUUUGUCUGGCUAAUGCUUGUCUGUAUUUGUGCGCCGGAAGUGUCUUAGCAUUUUCCCAAAGAAAAAAGAUCCGUCUUUUAGCGAUGCUUCCGCAGCCAAAAGAAAAUCCAUUACCAUGGAAACGAAGCUCAAGUUCAUAAAAAGAUUGGCAGGAGAGACACCAACACCGCCGAGGCUUCAGUCGGUCGACCGUAGUGACAAUUAUUAAAGGCAAAGCCCGUAUUUUAGCGCAUGUGAAGGGUUCCGUUUCUAUGUCGGAUACAAUGAUCGCAAAACAAGGUUUGUUUGAUACUUGUUGGGAUGGGGAGAAUUGAGGACCAGGUUCCUUGGCAAUAGCUAAGCACAGCCUCCCCUUCUUCUUCUCCAUCCACCUCUCAGCGGUAAUUCUAAGUACAUCAUUUGGUUUAUUUCAAUGUAUUUGUUUUUUAUACAAAGUAUUUUGACGUAAAUUCUGGACUUUAACGGCGGAAUCUGAAUUAAGUCGAAAUUUGAGUCAAGUCACUGGCAUAGGAGCGGAUCUCAGUCGUAGACCGAGGACUCCCCGUCUUGAAAAUGUGAUCACUUUACAUUUCAAAUUCAAAUCGCGGUGGCACAUAUUUACUUCCACGUGCAGGCGAGGCCGUCGGUGGGCUCACCUGCAAGUUAUACACCGUACUCGACCAAUGCCGUCAUUUUUUAUUUCUCUUACCUUUCUCGGUCCAUCCAACCAACCAACCUGAUUGGUUUUGCAUCUUAUUAGAUAUUCUGCGGCAAAAAAAAACAAAAAACUUGUAUGUACAGUUUUAGUUGUAGCUUAUCAUGUUCCCGCUCAGAUACACUGUAAGGGCAAAAGUAUUGGUAGACUACCACACAAAAUCUCCAUUUUUUUCUGGGUUCUCUUCAUCUAUGUCUCUUUUAUAGAUACAGUAGAUCGUUCGCAGACAGCCCGGAAUAUUAUCCACGUUUGCCUUUUUACACAGAACCCAAAUUUACUCGCGCUCCCUAUGUUGCUAUUCUGAAAAAAGUACCACUGACAUGGAAUAAAGGGGUACGAAGUCAAGUAUCUGUGGGCGUAUGGUAGCUGUGUGUAAGGGAAUGGCGAUAAAAUGGAGUCUCCCAUCCAAUUGUGUUGCAAGCAAUUUGGCGCUGUCACGCCUGAUUUCGGCGUCGUACCACAUCUACCGUAAUUAUCUGUCACGCAGUUGCGGCAAUAUCACGCCAGAUAAGUGCGAAACUUCACACCGCUGCCCCCGGCUUUCCGGCAUUCCCUCAUAAAACCGCAUCUGGCCAUAGUGUGGAAAGUGUGUGUGUGUGUGUGUGUUUGGGCCGUCUGAAACCAAAGAUGUGCUGAAGAAUUUUUGAAUUAUGUACACAAAUCUCCAGGCGACAAAUGACUCUGGACCCAGCAACAAAACUUUACCUUUUAAAAUCGUGCUUUAAGUCACUUGCCGUACGUGUGUUUGAGAGAGCGAGAGUGUGCGUCUGCUGUUAAUUGUGCUUUUCUUUUCCUUAUCUUGAUUAGUUAAAAACCGUGCGUCCAAAUUAGGACAAUAAAAGAAAACAGUGCCUUUGACUCGCAAACAGUGUUUUGACCACGGUGAGAGGUGGUUUUUGAUGAUGUCUGGUUGUUGGUAAGUGGCAUGAGACUCAUACAUAUAAAUAUGCCUUGUGACUGUAAGGAAUAUGUAUGAGAUCUAAUAAUAAAUCUUUGUACACAAGAUAA